AUGGCUACCCGCUCCAGGACAGCCUCUCGAGCCCAAUCCCCGUUCGAUCAGGGAUACAUGGAACCCGCACUUCCGCCAACCACCUCUAUCGAAUACGGCGAGGUAUCCCUUGAACGAGUCACACGACUCCUCCUUGGCCUCCUCGGCCAAGUCGAACGCCUCGAGCGGGAAAUCGCCGAGAUCAAGGAAGCGGGAGUCGAGACCCGUACGAACGUCGAAAAUAUCUCCCAAACUGUCGAUGUCGUCAAGGAUGGGCUUAGGUCCCUGCAACUCCAUGGUCCCCGUACCCCCAAAGGACCCCAAACCAAGGCUGUGGAAGAAACGCCACGCCCCCUACCAAAAGCCGAGCCUAUUGGAUCGACUAGUGGGGUCUCCUUCUGGGCAGAACCUGCCAAAACCAUACCCGGCCUUGCCCAGCCUACCCCAAGAAGAGCCGCUCCCCCGCGAGUACCAUCUCCCCCUCCAUCUCCGCGUCUCCAAUCCCCGAUCGGGACAGCUGCCCCUCCACCUCCGGCUCCAGUUGCCGCCUAUCCCGCUCCGGUCAAGGUUGACCACCCCAACGCCUACACAGGCAAAAUAGGGAGCGAGGCAAAGCAAUGGUUGACCCGGAUGCUAGCCUGGACCCGCCUCAAUUCGCAAUUUCUGGCAGCUUUCGGUGACCCUGAUGCCACAAGGGCCGCCAAGCGGAAAAUCACAACACUAACCCAGUCCGGCACAUGCGCGGACUAUAUUACUAAGUUCAGAACUCUUGCCAUGGAACUGGACUGGAACAACGCAGCCCUCAGAGGCCAGUUCGCCCGUGGCCUCCAUUGGGAGGUCAGUCGCCAAAUUGCCACCCGCGAGCACCGUCCCCGCACCCUCCUCAAGCUGCAGAACGCAGCACUCGUCAUCGAUAACGCUCUCCAAGAAGAGCGAGCUAGCCACCCGCUGAGGGACAAUAAGUCUAGCAAACAAUCCAACCCCACAAGGGGGACGAGUACCGGCCCAUCAACUACCGGUUUGAAGAAACUCUCCGACGACCCUAACUUUGUGUCGGAGGAGGAACGGAAUCGCCGCCGCGCCGCUGGCGCCUGCAUCAAGUGUGGAAAAAUGGGCCACAAAUUUGCGGAAUGCCGCACGGGUUGGAAGGCUACCCCUAUUGAGGAAAAGGGGAAGGCCAAGGAAACCGCCAAGACUGGCAAAGACUCUGAGUACCAAUUGGGAAAAGAUAUUAAUUGUAUAGAGAUCUGUCAUGUAUCUACGGCUUCUAAAUCGUCACCACUCUUCACUAUCUCUAUACAACCAAAGCAAGCGGAACCAAUAGAAGUCCUGAUAGAUUCAGGCGCCACAUCAUCAUUUCUUCACCCCCGCACAGCGGAACUACUCCGCCUCCCACUCAUAGACCUCCCUUCACCCCGUACCGUUACUAUGCUCGAUGGGUCGAGCCCCCAGGCAGGCAAAAUCUGGAAAAAGGCCAACUUAACCUUUUCCUUCGAUGGCAAGAUAAUGACAGAGACCUUCCUCAUUUGUAAUACAGGGUCUCACGCCGCCAUCUUAGGUCUAAAAUGGUUGGACGCCCAUAACCCGGAAAUUGAUUGGAACGCGCGAACCCUCUCCUUCCCUCAUUCCCCACCAGAACACGUGGCCAUUGCCGAAGAAGAGGAAGCUGACAAAAACCCUCUUGAAGGAGUACCCCCUGAUUACCAUCAAUACGCUAAGGUAUUCGGGGAAGAAGAAUUCAAUAAGCUUCCUCCGCACCGGCAUUACGAUAUUGGGAUUGAACUGACGGAAGAGGGACCUCUAAACUCUCCCCUCUACAGCAUGACUGACGCCGAGUCCUCCACACUCAAGGACUGGCUCAGGGACGAGCUCAAGGCUGGGAAGAUCCGUCCCAGCAAAUCGUCAAUCAGCUCCCCCGUUAUGUUUGUACCCAAAAAGGAUGACAACCUUAUGGCCCAACUCCGCGGUGCCAAGGUCUUCACCAAGCUAGACCUGAGAUGGGGAUACAACAACGUCCGGGUCAAAGAAGGCGACGAAUGGAAAACGGCCUUCCGGACCAAGUACGGCCUAUACGAGUCCCUAGUCAUGACAUUUGGUCUUACCAACGCUCCCGCCGCCUUCCAACACUUCAUGAACGAAUUGUUCAAGGACUUACUAGACGUAUGCGUCAUCAUUUACCUUGAUGACAUCCUAAUCUACUCCAAGGAUGACGCAGAACACACAAAACACGUCCAUGAGGUCCUAAAGCGGUUGAUGGAUAACCAGCUCUUCUGUAAGGCUUCCAAAUGCACGUUCCACGUCACCUCGGUGGAAUAUCUAGGAAUCAUCGUCUCGGACAAGGGUUUUAGCCUGGAUAAGCUCAAAAUCCAGGCAGUACAGGAAUGGCCGACCCCCACAAAGGUCAAAGAAGUCCAAUCGUUCUUGGGUUUUGCCAACUUUCUCCGCCGAUUUGUUGCCAACUUCAGCCACAUGGCUAGGCCACUGCACAAUUUGGUAAAGAAAGAUACGCCAUGGAAAUGGGACACCAGGGAACAGGAAGCCUUUCAGGGUCUUAAAGACGCUAUCACCAAUGCCCCGGUUCUCUGCCACGCCGACCCAACAAAGCCUUAUUUCCUAGAAACGGACGCAUCAGGAGCAGCCCUGGGGUCUAUACUCAGCCAACGACAGGAAGACGGCCGCCUACAUCCAUUAGGGUUCCUAUCGGAAUCAUUCAAAGGUGCCGAACAAAAUUACGACACCCACGAUAAGGAACUCUUGGCAAUCAUAAGGUUGUUUGAAUACUGGCGUAUCUUCCUGGAGGGGACCCUACACCCCAUCACCGUCUUCACAGAUCACCGGAACUUGGAAUACUGGAAGGAGUCCCGCACCUUCAACCGUCGUCAUGCCAGAUGGCACUUACUCCUUGCCGGGUACAACUUCCAGAUUGUCUACCGCCCAGGGAAACAGUCCGGCAAACCUGACGCUCUGUCCCGCCGAUCUGACCAUGCCGAUAUUCCACCUGCAAACCAGACAAUGCUUCCUGACCCCGUAUUCGCUAACGUAGCCCUGGUGACCCCCAAGAAAGAACUCCAACGCCAAAUAGAGUCCGCCCUAGACCAAGACAAAUCGUUAGAGGAAAUAUUACAAUUCCUCCAAAAUGAGUCAAAGGCGCCCCCCUCAAUCAAACGCGCUUUCAAGGACUACCAGAUGGAAGCCGGGUUACUAUUCUAUCAAGGGCGUAUUGUGGUCCCAGACGUUGGAACGCUAAGGACUGAUCUACUCCGUAUCUUCCACGAUAGUCCCUUGGCAGGGCACCCAGGAAGGCAGCGCACCCUGGAAUUGAUCUUGCGAAACUACUAUUGGCCUGGCAUCCGCGCAGACACCUACUGGCACGUUGAUUCUUGCGAAACCUGCCAACGGAUCCGGAAACCAAAAUACGCGUCCAUUCCCCCUCAACCAUUGGAACUACCAUCACGGCCUUGGCAACACGUGUCUUAUGACAUGAUAGUGGACCUACCCAAAGACGGAAACAAUGACUCCAUCCUGGUCAUUGUGGAUAGUUUUACCAAAUACGUGAUCCUGGUGGAAUGCUCCAAAAAGCUCAAAGCCCCGGAUUUGGCAGACCUGUUCUUGCGACACGUGUGGAAGCGUUAUGGCAUGCCUGAAAAAACAGUAUCGGACCGAGGAAGGGUGUUCAACAAUAAGUUCCUAAGGGCCCUGUACCAGCGCCUGGGAAUAGACCCUCACUUUUCUUCGGCCUACCAUCCACAAAGCGAUGGGCAAACUGAGCGCGUAAAUCCUACAAUCGAGCACUUCCUACGGGCCUAUUCAGGGAUCAACCAGAAGGAUUGGGUAAAAUGGCUACCAAUGGCGGAGUUUGCCUAUAACAACGCGGUUCAUAGCGCCACAGGCAAAACUCCAUUCAAGGCACUUUACGGUUGGGAACCUUUACUCACACCAAGCAACAUCCCGACGGACGUCCCCGAAGCUGACAAUCUGGCCACUCAGAUGGAAGCACAAUGGCGGGAAGUAGAAGCGGCACUCCGGCAGUCAAAAACACGUAUGACAGCCGGAGAAACAGGAGAACCAUUAACCUUUGAAAUUGGGGAAGAGGCCUGGCUAGAUGCCAAAAACGUGAAGCUGAAAACUUUAAGUCCCAAGCUAACGGAACAACGCCUAGGCCCAUUCAAGGUAACCCAAAAAAUCUCCGACCGCGCAUACCGCCUGGAACUCCCACCGUCAAUGAGAAUCCACGAUGUCUUCUACGUAGGACUACUGUCAAAGGUCAAAAGGGACAAAAAGCGCACCUUUGAAAAUCGCCCUCCACCAGUCACCGUGGACGGAGAAGAAGAAUACAAAGUAGAAGGGAUCUCAGAUGCCAAAGAAAGGAAUGGGAAAUGGUUCUUCAGGGUAAAAUGGAAGGGGUACGGACCCGAGGAAAACACAUGGGAGCCCCGGGAAAACUUAAAAAACGCGGAAAAAAUUUUAGAAAAAUACGAGAAAGAAAUGAAAAAGAAGGCCCUCGGCGCUGCCAAGGCCCUUAGGGGGGGGGCAGUGUCGUAG